UUUGUCUCCUUGGCAACGAGCUGAAAAACGAAUAACAAAAUAAAAGAGAUUUCACCAAAGUAGUUGCUACGAAACUGUGCAAAGGAUUUUCCGCCACCCUUUUUUCACUGCUAGCUGUGCCCCGUGCGGAUACAUAAUUCGGUGCAAAUAACCAAACACGAUUGCGGUGAACUGCUUUUGUGGCGGAAAAUACGAUUCCAACAGACAGAUUUUGGGCGACGAGUUGCUGUGGAUCAACCCGUUCUGUGUGCACUCCCGUGCUAAAAAUUCUCAUCCUCACGAGUGUACACACAACCGUAGCAGAGUGAACCGGGAAUUUGCACCACCGUACGUACCAGCGUGAAUAUCGCAGUAAUCUCGUCUGGUAUCUCGUCAGUUUCUCGCAGUGCAGUAACGUACUGGGACGCAAAGAGCUGGUGCACACUACCGGUACUACGUUCGCUUUUCCUACUUCUUGGAAGGAAAAUAUUUACCGUUCCAAGAACGAAACCGUGUUGCAAAACGGAGUCCCUAGACUGGGUACGGCAACGUCGUCCUACUCAACCCUGCUGUCGUGUUCUAGCGUGUGUGAUCGUGCGGACAUCCUUCCUGUUUGGAUGUAGUGCUUGUGUAACAACAGGUCGUCCGUGGCGAUAGAAAGACAUUCAAAGGCAAAGCCAAACACUGCUGGAAUGCAGCCGCCCACUUCGUAGCUGAGUCGAUAGUUUCCCAAAACCGAGCGAUGGAUCGAAACACGCAGCAGUGCGACGCUUUUUCUCCGGAAAAGAUGCCCUACAUCCUGCGAAAGGGAUAGAGAGAUUCUAUAUUUACUUUAGGAGGAGAUAUUCUGCGGCACUUAAGUUCAGCGGAAAUACGAACUAUCUGACGCCCCUCUCCGUACACAACGGUUCCGUACUCGUCAAACGUCCCGUGGAACAAUACCAUUACCCCCAGUGAUAACUGUGCCGCCCAACUAUUCUUAACAUCAACAUUUCAUAUCAACGCUUACCCCAUUUAUCAUCAAGGACAUAACAUACGGUUUGCAUGUUAUGCACGGCCCCGGAUCGUACCCGGCACACACUUUACAGGGAAGAUUAAUAGAUAAUUUAUUUAAACACUCGCACUAGCGCGCCGAGAGAGCACUAUUUAUGCUUAAAAACAAGCAGCUAUCAUUAAAACCAAACGAAAAUCAUGGCGACACGGUUAGCAACGCAACGUAAUUUUAUUACGGUAAUUCCUGCACCGACCGGUAGCUCAGCUACAGCUUCCGCAACAGUCGAGCAACCCGACAAAGGUGUUGUAGUACAAAAAACCGGCACCGAACCCGCUGACUCGGGAAGCCCAACUAACGGCGCUAGGCCAGCGGCACCACAGCAGGAGGUGGCAACGGUGAGUGUGGCGAGCUCGGUCACCGGCAUGGCCUCGCGACCAUCCAGCUCUUCGCAGCUUUCCACGAUCGCUAUCGCUGGUGGGUUAAAGAAUGGCAGUGCGAAAGGAACACUCAUGUCCACUAGUCUACUGGCGAACAAUGCCAACAUUAUGAACAUUCUGGGAAAUGCAAAUGGACUUUCGCUGCAGCAAAUCAUUCAGCAGAAAAAAAUUGUGAUAAACUCGAACGGAACCCUGAUCGACAUUGUUCCCUUAAACGAGGAUAGCGAAAGCGCUGAACUAAAGGCCGAUAACGAGAAGCUGUUGGAUGGUCCGGCAGCUAACGAGAGUGUGGAGAGUGGUAACUCUUCGGAAGCAACGGCUGAUGAGUCGUCAACACAGGUGACUGCGCAGGUAGCGGUCGUUCAAAGCCAAAGUCCGGGAGAUGGUACACCGCAGUACAUCACUGUAACAGUUUCAUCGCCCGAGAGUGUCCCGAACCAUCACACCUACGUACAGUAUGUGGACUCCGAAAUGUACAACACUUCCGGCCAGGGACAGACCCAGAUGACAUAUCCCGUAUAUUCCGUUGGCGAUUAUGGCACCAAUGGACAACAGCAGCAGCAGCAGCAACAACAGCAACAACAAUAUUAUGCUACGGCUGGCACCUACGGUACAGCGGGAACUGGCACCGGUAACGCUCACGCCGAUUCCACCGUCACCGGUAAUGGUACCGCAAACGGUUCGGGCACGUCCGGAGCUGGACCCAACACCGUCAACGGGACCGUCUCGUCCGGCAAUGGUGGUGGAUCUGGCGGCGGUAACGCUAAUCAGCAACAGUACAUUGUGCCGGUGGACGAGGCGGUCCUGCUCGGGCCCGGUAACACAUCCGGCACGCAACAGCAGUCCGAUUCGUCGCCACAAAACAUGACGGACGUAGCGUCCUACUUGCACGCGCACCAAACAGCGUCCGUCGGUCAGGAGCUCGAUUCCACGCCCAACCUGACCCACGCGGCCCGCGUUCUGCCCGCCACGGUGAACUGGUUGAUGGAAAACUAUGAGACGGCCGAUGGUGUCAGCUUGCCGCGAUCGACCCUGUACAACCACUACAUGUGGCACUGCAACGAAAACAAGCUGGAUGCGGUGAAUGCGGCCAGCUUCGGUAAACUGAUCCGCUCGGUGUUUAGCGGGUUGCGGACGCGCCGGCUGGGUACGCGCGGUAACAGCAAGUAUCACUACUACGGGAUUCGCAUUAAACCCACAUCGCCGCUGGUGCAUGCCAUCGAGUGUAAACCACAGCACGGGUCCGGUGUUGGUGGGCUAAUGGUUGGCCACCAUCAGCAGCUGAGCGGUAGCAAUGGGCUUGGUGGUGGAGGUGGUGGUGGUGGAGGUGCUGGCGGAGGUGGAGCUACAGGCGGUGGAAACAAUGGGAUGCAUGGCCACGGUGGUGGGACCCAUGCGAAUGGUAUCCAUGCAAGCAACGGAGGUUCCAUGGCCCAUGCAGGUGGAGGUGUUGGUGGUGGUGGUGGCGGAGCUGGUGGACAUUUGCAGCAUGGUGGUGGAGGCGGGAAUGGAGGAGGAGGAGGAGGAGGAAGCGCUGGGCACGGUAUGACGAUGCAUCAUGGGCGAAGUGGUAAGAAAAACAACUUCAAGGCGGAAAUGCCCGAAUCCUGUGCACAGUAUCUCGGUGAUCCAAACGGUGCCAUACCGCAGUUCCCGAUCAUCGACAUGAUUCACCCACUGCCGGACGACAUUACGAUGGAGGACGUCGACACGUUACGCUCGAUCUAUCGCGAGCACUGCGAAGCAUUUCUAGACGCCAUCCUGAACCUGGACUUUAACAUGAUCGAAUCGCUGUGGCGCGAGUUUUGGCGCGCCGAGAACAACAACAACAAUGGGGACGAAUGCGAGGAGGAGAAGUAUCUCAGCAAGCAGAAGCUGUACCUGUUGACGCAGUGCGAACCCGUGCAGGAGUUUGUGAAGCACGUCGACAUGCAGUUCUAUCAGAGCAUGGUGGACGUGCUGAUACCGGACGUGCUGCGGCCGAUCCCAACCGGGCUAACGCAGGCGAUUCGCAACUUUGCGAAGAACCUCGAGAACUGGCUAACGUCGGCGAUGGGCGGCUGUCCGGAGCCGAUCGUCGCGAUCAAGCUUACCUCGGUGGCUGCAUUCGGUCAAACGCUCCGCCGCUACACCUCGCUCAAUCACCUUGCGCAGGCGGCACGUGCCGUACUGCAGAACGGCACCCAGAUCGCGCAGAUGCUGAGCGACCUGAACCGGGUCGACUUUCGCAACGUGCAGGAGCAGGCCUCCUGGAUCUGUCAGUGCGAUACCGCGAUUGUGCAGCGGCUGGAGAACGACUUUAAGGCGGCACUGCAGCAGCAGAACACACUCGAACAGUGGGCCGGCUGGUUGCAGAACGUGGUGGACGAUGCGCUGCAGGAGUACCGGGGCAAACCGAGCUUCGUGAAUGCCGCCCGCCAGUUCCUGCUCAAGUGGAGCUUCUACAGCUCGAUGGUGAUCCGUGAUUUGACGCUGCGGUCGGCCGGCAGCUUUGGCAGCUUUCAUCUGAUCCGGCUGCUGUACGACGAGUACAUGUUUUUCAUCAUCGAGCACAAGGUGGCCAAGGCGACCAACACUACGCCGAUUGCGGUAAUGGGGGAGAAAACAAAUUCCCGUCCCGUACAAGACGAUCUCGACCGCGUGCUCUACAACAGCGAGUACGGUAUGGUGAACGUCAAGCUGGAACCGAGCGCCAAACGGAUGCGCAGUUAGUCAAUUAAACGUGAAACCUUGUCCGCUGCUGUACUAUAACGCUCCGCGGAUUGGCACCGAUUGAUGCAUUCCUUCUUUGUUUUAAGCCGUCGUCUAUCGUCCACCCCGUACCGUUGUGCUUUGCAUUUAGUGUGCACCCUUUGGCACGUAGGCUGCUAGGACGUAUCGCUCUCACUCACACACACGCACACCAUCAUGCACACCGGACGCCAGACCACAAUAAGAACAACCUUGUCCUGCCAAACGGUUUCACGUGCGCCACGAAACGCACGCAACCCCCGAGCGCUGUUUAGUUUUAGGUCAUUCCUAUGUGUGUGAUUUGGUUUGGAUCUUUUGGACACUCCGAUAGAAUGCACCGGUGUAUCUGUGUGUGUGUGGGUGUGUGCAUUAGAUUAAUUGUCCACACAUAACAAAAAAAAUCAUUUAAAGCGCAUUACACUAGCGGGUUUUAAUAGGUAUAUGUUCCGGAUCUGGAUUCGGAUUAUUUAUUCUUAUUUUAGGCAUGUGGUGUGCUUUUGGCUUUGGCACACCGAGGCACCACCUGGGAAGCGCAAAACAACAUUUCCGUUCUGUUGGUUAAGUUUGUUUUCGCGAUUGAAGCACAACAAAGGCGGGAAAGGGAUACAGAAAUUAGGUUAGGUGAUAGUUGUGUCGGCCUCUGGAUGGUCGGCAAUAUUUAUUGAUGAAGCGUACCAUGGGCGAGGAGCAGCAUCGGAACAGAUGUAUUGCGGUGCCCCGGGUGCUUGGGUGAGUGGAUUUGAACGGAUGAUAGUCAUUGUUAAUAGUAGAGCAUGGGACGUUAUUUUUCUGCGCCAUAACACGGUAAACUUGUAAUGAUUCUUCGUAUUAAGAAGCGGCAAGGAGCCAGCAACAGAACAGGAUAUUGUUGUACGUUUUUAAAAGCUUCGACGGAAACGGAUCUGCUCCUACGGAUUCGUAAAGAGAGUAUAUAUUUAUCGGACAGUCCAGUGUCCGGCUCUUCGCAGCUUGCGACAAGGAUAAAGCAUAAUUGGUAAUAGACAAAAAAAUGGUUAGCGUACGAAGCAAACGGGGGAAAUUUAACUUGUACCGAUAAUUAAAUAUGUAUGUGCCUGUAACGUGCGAUCAUCAGAAAACAAGUGGAAAACAACACACACACACACAAACAUUGUAGCAUAUGUAGGGAAACUGAAAACAUUUAUAUGAGGAAGCAACAGCACGUCGUAUACCCACGAGAGAGCGCGAAUCAUUACAAAAUGUAUCCGUGUCGAAGCUACUAUAGAUCGCGCGCGGGAGGAUAAAUUUUAAAUGAAGCGGAUUAGCAUUACAAUUUACAUAAGCCACACACACACACAAUGAUGUUUGCCAUUGAACAAUUGGAUUAGAAUGAAGGGAAGGAUCCGUGAUUGGUAUGUGUUAGUUAGUAGAAGUAAAGCUUUGGGCCGUCGAGGCUUAUGGGUGGUGAUGGUGGUGCGGUAUAUUUCGUUUUUAAUUAUCGGAUUCUGGUGGGCAACACGCCCGCGUGUUGUAUCCAGAACCCAACGCUAUCUAGUCGCGAAUGUCACCAAAUACUGAGAACGAACGGUGGUAACUGAGGAGAGAGAGAGAGAGAGGAGUGCUGCAACCAAAGCCGACCGAGGUGCGCUUGCAGAGUCAUAGUUUUGUAAGCAAAGUCAAACCAAAACACGAGCAAGAUGAUGAGCAGCAGGUAACCAUGGUAACAAUUUUCGUACAGUUGUCUCGAAGGCGUCCGACACCCCGGGGCAUACGCGCAUAAGAGAAAUGUUGUGCAAUUAUUUUUCAAACCUAAAACCGGGAGUACAAGUUAAGCGAAAUGAUGGAACAAACGUUUGCAAACAAAUUACACUAAAUUUAACAAACAUACACGCGAACGGUUGAGGAAAACUUCCCAACCGGUAUAACAGACUGCACCGAUCUUUGGGUUUUCUUCCUUUCGUUCCAUCGGACGGGAGUUUCGGACGAUUUGUUUGGGUCGCAGCAGCAGCAGCUAUAUGAUGAUAUAUUUUUAAAACAAAAAUUGCAAAACAAAUUCGAAACUGCAAACGCAAAACUGUGUGUGGUGUGAAAGCGGAUGCAUGCAUGCCGAACCGAAGAUUGACGAUUCCUUUGAAACUAUUUGAGUGAAAAUAAAUUACAAAAACAAAGAUGUGUAAAACGGA